AUGGAGAAGAUAGUCGAGGAGGUGGUAGACCGCAAGCGAAGUACUGACCUUACUAACACAUCCAUGAGCUAUGCACAGUCGACGUCCUCUAAGACAACACCAGCCAAACCUGUCAACUCCGGGACUCGAUCCUCCCCCAAGCUCCCCCCACCUGUCAUAGAGCUCGAUGAAAUAUACCUCAACGGCAUCAACGCGGGCCAGCUACCGAGUGGGGAACCUGGAUGCGCAAGGGGCUGUAAAGAUCCGAGUUGCCGAGGGGUGAGGCACUGUCUACUGAAGCUACCUAAUCUGGCAACAGGAACCUGUUCGAGAUGCGCUAGGGCGCAUGGUGGUGGCACGCCUUGUCCAGCAACUAACAAGGUCUGCGCCAGGUGCAACAAAGAAGGCCACUUCGCCGCGGCAUGCAGGAGUGCUCCAACAUUCCGUCAGCAGUCGAAGUCGGGGAGACAAGCUAGACGGAAUGAGAGGCGAAGCAGCCAACCAUCUGCUGACGAUGACCAUCAAUCUAUCAAAGACGUCAACUCCGGUGACAAAGGCCAGCAACGUACAGUAUGCAAUGCCGCCAUUACCAUCGAUGACGUUCCCGAGGGGGAGGAGGCCAUACCAGAUAUAUUCGCUAUUAGGAUAACGCAUCCUACUGUAGUAACGCAGUACGACUCUCCUACGGUGGUGCAAACUAAUGUCCCUACCCUCAAAGGCCCUCAGCUGCCAGGCGCAGAUAUUUGUGUACUGGCGCUGUGGGAUACGGGGGCUACCGGUAGCUUCGUCCGUACCGAUGUGAUCAACACGUUAGCGGCUAGAGCGAAUACUCCUGUGUCGUGGCCAGAGGGCAAGUCGCAGCGUAUAGCCACCUUGGCUGACAACAAAUCGCGGGUUCCUCUGCGAGGCACUUGUUCCCUGAGGCUCACCACUCCGAAAGCAUCAGCUGUUAUUACGGCAUAUGUUGUAGAUCAUCUUAGCCUACCGCUGGUGAUUGGGGUACCGGCGCUGCAAGCCCUUGGGGUUAGGCUAGAGUUCUCUCCUCGUGGUAAGGUUUCGGUUAAAACUGGUGCG